CAGCAUCCAGUUCGGGGCGGGAUGUUAACUUCUUCGUGUGUUUAACCGGUCAUUCUCAUCUGUUUUCUGUCGGAAUGAGUCGUUGUGGAUUUUAGUCAGUUAAAGAUUCCAAUAGUGAAAUUCGGUUAAUUUAAAGGUUUUUGUUAAACAAAAUGAUUCCUUUCCGAGCCGUUCGAUACACGAGAAACUUUGCUUUUCAAAAGAUCAAACAUUCUAGUCCGGGUAACAAGUUCGCCCUCAAACUGCUGGCGAUCGUGCUGUUCGUUGUGACGGCUAGCUUUUUGAUCUCACAUCGGUACGACGAUCUUUCAGAGUUGAAAAACAGCCUGUACGAACGCUAUGCAGCGGCAUCCAAUGAGCCAUUUUUCAACGGGGUUCCUCGGAAUUUGGAGGGCAUCAAAAUCGACUGGCACGACUACGGCUUACUGGAGGCCGAAAGGAAUCGAUCGGGUCCAGGAGAGCACGGGAAACCCUUCUCGCUGGACCAAGACGAGGACAUCAAAUUGAACGAAAAACUGUUCACCGAAAAUGGCUACUAUGCAGUUGUGAGCGACAAAAUUGCAAUCGAUCGUUCCGUGACCGAUCUCCGUCCUCCGGAAUGUAAGAAGAAACUGUACCUUCAAGAACUGCCAACGGUCAGCGUGAUUGUGAUAUUCUACAACGAGCACUGGAGCACGCUACUUCGAACUGUGCACAGCAUUCUGAACCGAUCGCCCCCGCAGCUGCUGAAGGAGAUCAUCAUGGUUAACGAUCACAGUACCAAGAAGUUUCUCUGGAAGCCGCUGGAGAACUACAUCCGCGAGGAGCUUCCGCCGGGCCGGGUGAAACUGAUCCACAUGCCGACGAGAUCCGGACUGAUUUUGGCCCGACUUGCCGGGCUCAGAAGGGCCACCGGAGAUGUGCUGAUCGUGCUGGACUCGCACACCGAGGUUAACACCAAUUGGUUGCCACCGUUGUUAGAACCGAUCGCCAUAAACUACCGAACGUGCGUCUGUCCGACGAUCGACGUCAUUGGCUACGACACCUUUGAAUAUCGGACGCAGGAUGGCGGCAGACGGGGAGCUUUCGAUUGGAAGCUAAACUAUAAACGCAUGGCACUGAGACCUCAAGACAUCGAAGAUCCAACGGAACCCUUCGAAAGCCCCAUCAUGGCUGGCGGACUGUUUGCGAUCAGUGCCAAAUUUUUCUGGGAGCUGGGCGGCUACGACGAGGGUCUGGAUAUCUGGGGUGGAGAGCAGUACGAGUUGAGCUUCAAAAUUUGGCAAUGCGGUGGCCGAAUGGUGGAUGCCCCUUGCUCUCAUGUGGGUCACGUAUUCCGGGGUUAUUCCCCGUUUCCAAAUCCGAGGGGAACGAAUUUCAUCAUCAAAAAUUACAAACGAGUGGCGGAAGUUUGGAUGGAUGAAUAUAAAGAGUACGUAUACGAAAGAAAUCCCCAGUAUCUUAAAACAGAUGCCGGAGACCUAUCCCAGCAGAAAGCUCUCCGCGAGCGACUAAACUGUAAAUCCUUCCGAUGGUUCCUGGAAGAGAUUGCACCAGAUCUGCUGGAAAGGUACCCGGUUCGGGAACCUCCUCCAUUUGCAUCGGGACGGCUGCAGAACUUGGGAUCACCGCAUCUUUGUUUGGACAGCUUGAGUCACAAGGUUAAGGAAUCGGUUGGAGUUUACUUGUGUGCCAAAAACAAAACCAAUCCACAGACAACCCAAUUUUUCACCCUCACGUAUGCCCGGGACAUCCGAUCGGCCUCUAACGAGAAAUGUCUGGAUGCAUCGGACGUCGGAGUCGACGUUAUCUUCUACAAUUGCCACGAGUCCCAGGGCAAUCAGCUGUGGAAGUUCGAAAUGGAUAAGAAAAUAAUACGACACGGAAAAACCGCACGGAACCAGUGCCUGGAUUUGAUCGACAAAAAAGUAACGGUAUCCAAGUGUGAUCCUUCGAAAAAGAGCCAACAGUGGGAAUGGGGCUUUGUCAAUGUGACAAACAUGAACAACUGGAACAGUUAUGGAUUCAAACUGUUGCGUUAGCAUGUUAUU